AUGAAUACUGUAAAGGAAGAAGAAGAGACCGUAGAAGGUCUUACUAGCAAGCCAAUAGUUAAAAUACGACAUAAUCCCCAAGGUCGUACAUUCAUAGUCACAAUCACACUUCCGUUAGAAGCUCUACAAGCGAUCAAUCUUGCUAUAGUUAAAAUCAAAUCCCCUACAAAGAAGCAGUAUAUAUCAGGUAUAAGAGAAGAUCAAGUUACUAAGUAUAAUGAUUUGGUUUUAAAAGAACAACGAGAAUUGAGAUACAAGACAAGAAGGAGAUCUGGAUCUCUUGAACGUACUCCAUCUCCCACUCCUUCAGGAACUAAUGAUGCUAACACAACCCCUUCUAGGAAACGAGUGAAGUUUUUGCUAUAG